UUUAAAAAAUUUUGCUGUCAGUUGCGAUAUGACUGUAUUCACCGUCACUCUUCCUUUGUAAUUUAAGAUAGAUGUGGUUUUUUUAACACGUUUAUACACCUUUUUUUUAAUCAAUUUUAUAAUUUUACAAUCUUUUGUUCGUAAAAAUCUAUUUUCAAUAUGUCCACCGUCAAAAAAGUUUUUGGUAAUCGGUCCAAUUUGACCCUGCACAUCGAUGAAGACCACCGGAUUAGUCUGAAAAGAUCUGUUGAAGAGCCUGCCAAUUUGCUGGUCGCAAAGAAAAGUAAAUCCGAGGCUGGCCGUAAAAAGAAAGCUGAUUUGGAGAAUCAGGGCCAUGUCACCCAAUCAAUUGUGAAAAAAGUGAAAAGUAUAUCAAUUUGUGAAAAAUUAGUCGAGAAGCAACCUGUUAAAUUGGAUGUCAAAUUGGAUUUCAAUGAUCCCAAGUCUUGCUACACCAAACCCACCGAUCUUCCUGAUGACCUUGAGGAUUAUGAUCUCAAACAAGUUCAUGACAGUUAUGCUGAGCCUCAUUAUGUUAUGGAUAUCUUCAAAUAUUACCAGACAAAAGAACUGCAAAGUUUGACAAAGAAAUACUUGAAUAAUCAAUCGGAAAUUACAGAAAACAUGCGAGCUAUUUUGGUGGAUUGGUUGGUUGAAAUUCAACAAAAUUACACAUUGAAUCACGAGACUUUAUAUUUGGCCGUUAAAAUGGUGGACCAAUAUCUCAUGCGACAAAACAUCAAGAAAACUGAUUUCCAACUUCUCGGUGCAACAGCUAUGUUGAUCGCAGCCAAAUACGAUGAAAGAAUCCCACCCGCCAUUGAAGAUUUUGUUUAUAGUUGUGACAAUCAGUACAAGAAAAAGGAUAUAAUCUUAAUGGAGAUGGAAAUUCUGAAAAAGUUGGAUUUCAAUAUUGGUUUCCCUCUAUCUUAUCGUUUUCUGAGGCGUUAUGCUAGGUGUGCAGAACUUACCAUGGAAGAGCUGACUCUGGCUCGUUUUAUUUUGGAAAUGUCGUUGAUGGAGUAUGAUUUGAUUGAAGAAAGGGAAUCUUCGAUUGCCGCUGCUUCUCUUUUGCUAGCCUUGCGUAUGAAACAUUUUCCUUCUAAAGAUGUUUGGACCAAGACUUUGGUUUAUUAUUCUGGCUACACUGAGCAACAGGUGCUGCCUUUGAUGUUUAAACUCAAUAAAAUCAUAUCUGCCCCACCCAAACAAGCUCUUUCCUCAAUACGAGCGAAAUACUCCCACCGAGUGUUUAUGGAGGUCGCAAAAAUUAAUCCUUUGCCCUCAGAAGCUUCAUAAACAUCAUCCUCAUCAUCAAACAGACAAAGCAUCCUUAAUUCAAAUGCCAUUUUCCAUCAGCUUUUGUAAUAUUUGAUUAUUUGCAUUUAUUCAAUAAAAAAAACGAUAGAACGAAA